GUAGCAGUAGCGGUGAGGACAGAACGAAUCUAGUUGAACCGCUUCUCUGGCUUUAAAAUAUGUUCAAAUCGGUUCGAAACUGGUCUCCAAAAUCUUUGGACUCAUGGUGAAGAGAAGGAAGGUCUCGUCUGUUGGUGAAGAGCUGGAACAUGGGAUGACAGUGGGCCAUGGGGCCGGUUCGGGGCUCGAACAGGAGAACAAAGCGAGCGGAACGCUGGAGGCUUGCGAGGACGACGAGAGCACCGAGCAGCUACAGAGCGAACAGCCGAGCACAAAGAGGGACGCAGAUGAAGCGCUGAGUCCAGACGCCUCUACAUCACCGAACCCGGUCUCUACAUCACCGAACCCGCUCUCUACAUCACCGAACCCGCUCUCUACAUCACCGAACCCCGGUGCACUAAGCUCUCCUCCUUCUGCUACCGACCAGCAUCACUUUCUCCGCUCCAGCGUCCGACCACCGAGCAAGCGUCUCCGCAGAGACUGCACAGGACCCACACUUAACGGACAAAGCAGCACCAAAAUUAAAGGAAGCGAUGUGGUCCCGGCUGUGUCUUCAUCGGGCCACGUCAGCGCAGGAGGAGGCUCUACACCUGGAGGCAGCUCCCGCGCGACCCCUAGGAGCCAGGGACCUGUGGAGAAAGACGAGGGAGGGAACCAGAAGCGAGCACGGAGACAGUGGGAGUCCUGGAGCACCGAGGAUAAAAACUCUUUCUUUGAAGGACUGUAUGAGCACGGGAAGGACUUCGAGGCCAUACAGAACAACAUCGCUCUGAAGUAUAAGAAGAAAGGCAAACCUGCCAGCAUGGUGAAGAACAAGGAGCAGGUUCGACACUUCUACUACAGGACCUGGCACAAGAUAUCCAAGCACAUUGAUUUUAAUAACGAUUCCCGAGCACUGAAGAAAUCCUCGCAGGAGCUCUACGGCCUCAUUUGCUACGCUGAGCUCAGAAAGAAGGUUGGAGGAUUGAUGGAUGACAAGAACGUGGCCAAACUGAAUGAGCUGAUUCUUCAAGGAGCUACCACGGUUCGGUCUAAAGGCAGGAACUUGAGGAUUAAAGCACCAAUGUGCCGUGCACUGAAGAAGCUGUGUGACCCAGAUGGAGUAAGUGAUGAGGAGGACCAGAAGCCAGUUCGGUUGCCACUGAAGGUCGCGGUGGAGCUGCAGCCACGGAGUAACCACUCUUGGACUCGGGUUCAGAGUCUGGCUCAUAAUCCUCGUCUCAGGAUGGUCGUUGAGUUGCACAGGAAGGUGUCCAGCCUUAUCGAAUUCCUGAAACUAAAAUGGGCGGCUCAGGACCAACGAAUUCUUAAGAGCCUGGCAGAGCGAGAAGCUCUAGAGGGUGUGGUCCCACCUGGUGAAUCUGAAGACCUGGUCCUAUACCCAGCAGAGAACAGUACAGUCAUCACAUUGCCUGGCGUGGCACGUGUUGUACACUCGAAAGCCUCCUGCACUGUCCACUGGCAAGAGAGUGGACGUCCACGGCCAGGUGUGAGAGACCUGCCAGCAGCCCAGAUCCUAGGAAUCCAGCCUGUUCGCGGAGCGGGAAAACCAGGCAAGGGUGUCUCGGGGGGUGGAGAUGUAAAAAGAGCUGAUGGACAGGUACCUGAAAGUUCAGAAAACAGCAGCUAUGCUUCUGGGGCAGAGAGCACUUUAAACCCAGCCCAGAACGGCACUCCUUUCGUCACUCUUGCUUCAGCGAAUUCGCCUCCAUGCUUAGGACCAGACAGCAGCGGGAAUGAAACCGCAGACCCAUCUGGCACAACUUCGUCUCAGACAUGCACUAGUGGUGAGAGUAAAGAGACUGGAAAUCAAGGAGAUCCCAUCCAGGUAGACCAAAGCACAGAGGUUCCAGAUGGGUCUUCACCUCCUGCCGAGCCGACCGGCUGCGUCGAAGAGUCAGCCGCGACCGGCCGCUCCCCUCAGCAAAUACGCGAAGAGGGUUGGAGCGCCCAGGCCUCGGAGAAUGUGACGCUGGCAGAACUCUACCUCAUGAUGGGCAAGCCUGGAAAAUUGCAGCUGGAAUACGAGUGGCAGCCCAAGUCCCGUCCUCCAGCUCCAAACACCACUCGGAGUGUGCUUCGCAGCCUCCUCAGGCUGGUUACUUCAGAGGUCAACCCCAAACCUGCUUCAGAUGUGUGUUCAGUAGGGACGUCUCCGCUGAAGCCGGGUCAAGAAGAGCAGUCUCUGACACCACCAGGCAAAAUUCAGACCGCGGGGGCUCGCAGUCCCAGCUGUGGCCGACAGCAGCACACAGUACGCUCCAAAUUCCUGUCUAACGCAGCCAGCACAGGUGGGCGGAAUCUACCUCGUUCUCUGUUGGUAACUAGCAGUGAUUGUGAUGGUGGCGUGUUUGCUGUUCCAACAACCUUACCCCCUAACAGCUCCCGACACUUACGGAUGUUCUCUCCUAACAAGGAGGCCGAGUUGGCCUUGCGCCAGCAGCUAGACUCCAUCAGCCCGGAUAUUUUCCUUCCCAGGCCAAGGAAAAUUGGAAGGGGUCGUCCUCUGAGGAAACCACUAGUCAUACAAAGAACAUUGUUACCCCGAACAACAGGAGAUUCCUCCCAACAUGUGUGUUCCUUCUCAAUUUUCUCCAACUCUUCUGCUACUGGCACUGGUUCUUUUCGACCCAUCCAAAGCCGACUCCCGUCCUCCCGAGGCCUUCCCCCUAAAGCCACAUCCACUACGACGAACCCCACUUCCUCUACUCAGCUGUCCAGUGCAAUUGGCCUAGCAGCAAAGUCAGCAGGCAUUAUACCAGGCAGCCCUUGUCGAGAGAUGGAACCUUCUGCUCUAGAGACCAACCUCCUGGGACCUGAGGCUGCCACAUCACCAACCCCUGCUGAGCCUGAACCUGAACCUGAACCUGAACCUGAGCCUGAGCCUGAGCCCCACCCUGAGCAGCAGGAGCCUGAGUGCUUGCAGAACGGUGUUCCUUCUCCAUCUCCAGAGGCGGAAGACUCCCUAUUGGCACCUCCAAGUGUUGCUUCUCUAUUGGACAUUUCUCUCCCUGGCCCCCCAGAUGAAUCCCUGCCUCCUGGGGAGCCUCACACGCACAUUAGCGACUCCAUCAUUGAGCUCGCCAUCAGUUCUGGACAAUAUGGUGAUGGACCAGGACUUUCUCCUCCCAGGCUCAAUGGGAGUGACCGAUCUAAGCUCAUCCCCUCUCUCGGUGACAGCCCCGCCCACAGCUGGAUGCCAUCUCCUGCUCAUGAUCCCCAGUGGUACCCCAAUGAAUCUAGUGACUCCACUCUGGGUUGCUUACUCUCAAGCCUGGUGUCACCAGAUAAACCUCGUAGGACUGCCCCUGUAGGACCCUCUAGUGGGACAGCCUUACUUGGCCCCAGUCUACUGGACAGCAACUCCCAUGAUUCAUUUCAGGCUCGCCUGCCUGAUGUUGUCGAGGUGGAUAAUCAGCUGGCCUGCAUGAUGAGUGAGAACAGCGUUGACUACAUUGCCCGCUUCAACGACCUCGCCCAUGAGCUGUCUGUCUCAGAGCCGAGCCUUCCUCCCCUGUGAUUCUGUGGUGUAAAAGGAUGUGGAAAGCACGAAAACCCAAUGUGUGGAACAGCCAUGUGGGGAAAUUUCCAGUUUCUUCUAUUUAAAGGAGAGUGUGUGUAUGUGAGAGUGAUUCAGCUUAUUGGAAGUGCAAUAUUUCUGCUGUGAUCAGGAUUGUGUGUGUGUGUGUGUGUGUGUGUGUUGAUGGGUUGGUGCCUGCUCUUCAUUUUCUGGCUCAUCAGCUACACCCGGGACACUUUUAUAAGCAGUUUGUUUACAGCGCAACCUCAUGUACGUACAGAUAACUAUGAUCUGCCGUAUCGGAACAAGCCUCGCCUCCUGUAGAUUUAUUUGCUAACUCUGAUGUCCGUCUCGUUCUGUUCGUUGUGUGAAUGAGAGCGAGCCAAGUUUGCUGGGGGUGUUUUUGUGACUAUGCUUUAUAGAUCCUGUAGAUCUGUUCUUAUUCGCCUCUAUGAAUCCUGAAAAAAGCCAUACAUGUCCAUCCAUGUGCAGUCUGUCUUUAACUUUGGCUUCGUAGUCUGAUUGACUUGAUUUUAAUCGUUACACAUUGAGGAAGAUUUCUAUUUAUUAUGGGAUUAAUAAGAACACAUUGGAAAGUGCUCGAACACUAAAACAACUAAAGUGAAAAUUGUAGUCCAAACCUGAGAUUCCCUGUGACAAGUAAAUAAUAAAAUAAUCGUCGGUUUGAUGUUUGAUAUUGAACACUAAGUAUAUGUUUGCAUUUGAAGCCAAUAAUUGGAUUGUUGGAUGGUCAUGCCUGUUUUGUGGCCCUUCUGUCUGUGAUGGAAGGAAUGUUUUUUUCUCAUGUAAAUAGACCAGAUCAGAUUCCAGUGUUGACUGCUUUUAUAUCAUACUGUAAAUUAUUCGGAUUAUUUAUUAAUUUACAUGUUGCCUGUGUUUUAUUUCCUUUUUUAAGCUUCUUUCUGCUGUUUUAAAGAUUUCUGCAUUUGUACAAAAGGGGUUUUAUGCCACCAUGUAAAUAUAGACUUCCCACAAACAUGUUCUGAAGUUCCUUGGUGUUCCGUCUAUAUAAGGUCUUGUUAUUUUGAAAUACUAAGUCAUAAUUUUGAAAUUUUAUUAGGCCUAGAAAUGGCCUUCUAUGCAAAUUUCAAUCCUACUAUAAAGAAUAAAGUUGUGAACACAGGAAAAAGUCUACAUUAAACGUUUCUGCUUGUAUUUAAUGCUGAGGAUUUGUUUCUUACAUUCCCAUACAUUGUUUUACUCAUUUAUAUUUCAUUUCUCUCAAGUGAGGAUAAUGAUUCUCUUUUUGUUGGUGUAGCCACAUUUG